AUGCCCGAAUACGCCAAGAGCCAGCCCGCUGGCUUCACGAACGCUAUUGAGCGAGUCGCCAUUGUCGGUGCCGGAGGCACCGUUGGAUCCCACUUCGUCGCUGCUCUACUCAAAACUGGAAAACACAAAGUCACGGCCCUUUCUCGCAAAGAUAGUAGCAACACACUCCCUGAGGGCGUCCUUGUCGCCCCAAUUGACUAUGAUGACGAGGCCACCAUUGUGACUGCCCUCAAAGGCCAACAAUUCUUUAUCAUCACAUUGUCUCCCACUGCACCGCGCGAUACCCACAGCAAGCUUGUCCAGGCAGCUGCCAAGGCUGGUGUUCCUUACAUCAUGCCGAAUAGUUACGCUGGCGACAUUGAACAGGUCAAACUCGGAGAGGAGAUUAUGCUGGGGCCCGUGGCCCAAGCCUACCGGGACGAGAUUAACAGACUAGGGAUGCAGUGGAUCACCGUUUGCUGUGGGUUCUGGUAUGACUAUAGCCUUGCUGGCGGUGAAGCGCGCUUCGGGUUUGACUUUGACAAGCGAUCCCUAACCAUCUAUGACGACGGCAACACCAAGAACUCGGUAUCGACCUUGUCGCAGGUUGGUCGUGCUGUCACCAAGGUGCUCAGCCUGAAGGAGCUCCCAGACGACGAAAACGACGAGAGUCUUACGGUGUCGGCGUGGCUCAACAACGCUGUGUAUGUCAAGAGCUUUGUUGUCAACCAAAAUGAGAUAUUCGAAAGCGUCAAGCGCGUUACAGGCACUAGUGAUAUUGACUGGACGGUUACUCAUGAGGCUACCACGAAGCGAUAUGAAGAUGGUCUGGCGCUCGUUAAAACUGGUAACAUGACUGGCUUUGCUAAGCUGCUCUAUGCGCGGGCAUUUUACCCGGAUGACGCGAGUGAUUGCUCGGCCAAGGCACAUAACAAACUGCUGGGUUUACGAGAGGAGAGUCUGGAUGAGGCCACCCAAGUCGGGGUAGAUAUGGUCAAGGAACUGCAACGUCGCCCUGAGCGUAUGGCGUCCUAG